AUGGCUGGGCAAGAUUCUAGCUCGUUUCGCGACGACAAUGAGACGCAGACGUACCGCGACGACUCGCAGACAGUGCGGGAUGAAUCCUCUCUGCCUGAACAAAGUUUAGGCCAUGGCACUCAAGCCAUGCUCGGUAGUGUAGCAAGCCCCCUCCCAGCUGGCGUGCGCGACAGAAGACAGGCUGUUCAAUACAGCCCAAGCGCUCACAUAGCUGCGCCGCGCAAUGCGAAACCGAGUGGCCCCACUGGUCUCAUAGCUGCUGACAUCGACUCCUCUGAGCUGCCUGGAAUGGCGCUUAUUGACGUCGACCGCUAUGUAGGACUCGCCCUGGAUAUCCCGACAAGCGGGUUCUUGCCGCUGAUCUUAGCGGGCUUCGACGACGAGCGCACAUCAGGUUCACCUCUGAGCGAAGUAUUGGAGCAAGAUCCGGGAAUGAAGACCGUAUGGCAAUCCAUCUGCGACUCGUACUUCUGCUCUAUGAACGAGCAGGUCCUCAUUGAGGCAAUUGCUGGCAACAUUGAUCUUGCUUACCAAAAGAGUCAGAGCGAUGGCACUGACGUCGCUUCGUACAUUGACAAGCUGCGAGACCGCGCUUCAUUUCAUCCUUCUGUAUAUGUGCGGCCCCUCACAGAUACUAAUGGAAGCGCCAUGUCGCUUGACCACUAUGAGCAGAUGUUAGAUAUCGCUGAGCGCUACUGCGGACGUGAUGUGCUGCAUGCCGAGGAAGCAUACGAUAUUGAUAGCGUAGCUGACGAAGACAUUGACAACAGCUCCCAGACGAUGAAUUCCCAGGGCGACACUGGCUGGUCCCUCGAAGACAGCGAAAACGGCAUCCGUCGCCACCUCCAGACAAGCGCCAACGAAUUUUCCGAGAGCCGAGCGAAAUGUCUUCGCGCCUGGAUUGCAGCUGGUCGGGCUCGCAUAAACCACUGUCGAAGCCAGGGAAUCGGUCUAGCACCGCCAAUGCAGUAUGUCGGAUACGCAAUGAAUGCUACGAACAGGCGAAAGGGCCACGAAAGCCGAAACUCGGCUAGCUGGCUCAGUCUGCUGGUAAGCGACAUCUGCGCAGUGCAGUGGCCUGGCUUGUACAGCCUGAAGUUCUACGUCAUCGCCUUGAUCGUGGACCCGCAAAUGGGACAGUUGUGCGAAAUCAUCUUCAGUCGCUUCUUGCGCGCAUACACUGUGAAUGGCGGCCUCAACAUCGAUUGGGCAGGCAAGAGCACAUCGAGCCUUUUCCUGUCAACGAAAUCAGAUGCGGAGCGACAAGACUUUUGGGAGCGCAAGCGAGAGUGGGUUCGGAUGAAUCUCGACUAUGAGGCAAACGGUGACGUCGAGCUGGAGCGCCGUAAGGCUCUCUAUGAAGGUGAGUUCAAGAAGCAGAUCGCUGCUGCGAACGAACGCACAGCGCAGGGCAAUGAAAAAAUUGCCAAGAUUCGGGUUCUGGCCGACGAGGUCAAAGCAACUGUCGGCAUCAUCAAGGACAAAGGGGGUAAACUAGACCCUGAAGAUGAAGCACAAAUUGAGGAACGCCACAGACUAGGCAACGAGAUUGCCAAACGCUGA